CCACCUGCUCGCUGCCUCUCCCGACCACCGCGUCCCUCGCGCCGCCCAUUCUCCACGUCCGAGUCUCGUCGACACUUCACCGCACGCCCGGGUAUCUCCUUGCUAUCAGGCUCGCGCCAUCUUGCUGGGUUUGGGACAGCCUCGCCCUCAUGUCGACGGAACAGGUGGACUACUCCAUGUCCCAGCUGUCGCUCGGCUCCAAUGCAUCGGACGUCGAGGACUGGGAUCGUUCCAUGAGCAGCGACGUUGAUCCAAACCACUCGAACACCCCAAGAAACUCCGUCUCCUUUCCCGGGCACGGCGCAGCGGACAACGAGGGCACCCCGGGACGUAAUAUGUCGCUAGGCCGGGGUGACGGCAAGCGGACGUUGAGCGAACUGCUCAAGCUGCACGCGGAGAAGGGCACGGACGUCAAUUUCACCCAGGAGGAGGCGAGCAGGGUCGCAGAUGUGCUGGGGCAAUGGAUCAAUUCCGCCUCGUCCCCAUACGAAGCCGAAGACGACUUUUUCAGCAGGCAGCAUUCGCAGGACGAUUCAUCAAUAGCCACCCGGUCGCCCUCGGGCGGGUUCGAGACCCCGAGCAGGCCCAGAGGGCAGAGCGAGAGCGUCGUGAGCAAUGGCGCUCAGUCAUGACCCCCAGAACAGCCUCGUGCAGGAUAGGAUUGGUGGAUUGCAGACGCACGAUAUCUACCCACACAUCCCCUUUUGGCUACCAUGGAACGUCGUUUACGACACCUCACGACCACUCACGACCACUCACGACGCGACCCUUGGGAUUACAACAUAUUGCUUAUAUUUAUACGCUUCAUCUUCCACCUCUCAUGCCACCCCCAUUUGUGAUAGAUUCCGGGCUCCGGAGGAGACUCGUAAUACUCUGCUGUACAUACCUCGCUCUCGAAUGCUCUCGCUCAACCAUCGAUCC